AUGACUCUGACGCGAUCGUCAAAAGAUGAAAACCCAGGUUUUCACUGGGCUUUCGGUCUGAACCGUCUAAGUCUGAAGAUAAUCGGCAUCUGGCCAAAUGAAGAAGAUGAAGACCAGGCACCAAAAACCGUGUGGAAAAAAUUGAUCGCGCUGAGCGUCCCGUUGAUGGUAGCCGGUCUGAUACUCGGCAUAAUCGUGCCGCAACUUUACGCUCUCAAUCUCGUCUGGCAAGACUUCUCCCUGGUGAUCGACAAUUUGACGACGGUUUGCAUCGCCGCUACCUCGACCAUCAAGCUCUUUCUACUUUGGAACUCUCGAAAACUCUUCGAGCCGAUCCUGCAGCUGGCCUCGGACCACUGGCGGCGCGGCGCUCAACGCGACUCGUCUCGAGUCGUGAUGCUCCGCCAAGCCCGACGCGCCAAGCUCUUCACCAUGAGCGGCUACGCCAUCAUGGGCGUCUGCUUCGUCGGCUUCAUGUUCACGCCCUUCCUGGGCCUGAGCGUGCGCAUCGUCAACAACGUCACCGACGAUCUCGCCAGCGGCUCUUUUCUGCCCUUCCAGACCUACUAUCCGUUCGAGUUUCACGAGACGCCCGUCUACGAGGUGGUUUACGCGUCGCAGGUGCUGACGGCGAGUUUCGCCGGUAUCGGCUUCUCGGUGCCCGACAACUUUUUCGGCGCCCUGGCCUUUCACGCCUGCGCCCAGUGCCAGCUGUUGAGCCGGAUGAUUCGGGAGUUGCCCGUCGUCACGAUGGCCGGUGAUAAAGGAGGCGAGUUCUGUGGACGAUUGGCGGCCUUCGUCGAGCAUCACCUUCUCGUGAUUAGAUUCGUGAAUUUGGUAGAAAAAGCCUUCAAUAUGAUCAUACUCGUGCAGACUGUCAGCUUGACACUGAUCAUUUGCUUUCUAAUAUUCGGUAGUAUCAACUCGCUCGAGUCCGACGACAAUGGUGCAGCCAUCGUGCAGAUAUUCACCCUCAGCGGAACCGCUCUCAAUCUCAUGAUUCACAUGUUCAUCUACUGCAUAGCCAGUGAGCUUCUGGCCGAAUACAGCGAGGGAAUCGCCGAUGCCGUCUACAGCUACGAUUGGCAUCUGCUGCCUUCGAGCUAUUCUCGACAAUUGGUGAUAAUAAUGAUCAGGACGGAAUUUCCGCUGAGAUUUACCGCGGGAAAAUUUUUCUACCUCUCGCUCAACGCUUAUCUCAAUAUUAUCAAAAGCUCGGCAGGGUACAUUUCGGUACUGUUGGCUGUUCAAGGCGGUUAA